GUAACAUGAAAAUCUCAUUUGAAAACAAAUAAAUGGCCACCGUUUGCAUUGCCUUUUUCCUAAUCACACAAUUUUAUUGUAAUAAAAUGGACGCAGAUCCCGAAGAAAGGUUAGAUUUUAUAGAGAAAUAUCAAGAAGACCAAAGCGUUGGAGCAUGAAUUCGCAGCGGCUAGAGCAAAUAGUAGCGGAGCUGAUGAAGCCCAUCAGCGAUAUCCGCCGCAAUUUCGACACGGACCUAAGCGCGUUGUUGGAGGAAUACCUGACGGAGGCGGGCUUACAUGCCCUGGAAGCAGGUGAAGCUGAUGAACCCGGACCAGCUGAAGAAGUAGCACCAAACUUUGCAGAAAUUGCAUUACUACUCCAGCAGUCUGCACACAUAUACAGUCGGAAAGUUGACUGUCUUUAUCAAGAUGUUUUGCGGGUCACUGAUGCACUAAACAAUUCUACCCUUGAGGACAAUCCGGAAGAGGGCGAAGCGGAUGUGAGUGGUAGCAGCGCCUCAAAACGGAAAGUGGCAACAGCCGUUGAGGCUUUUGAGCCCAUAAGAUUGGAAACUGCGUCAACGGCAAGGCGUGAGGGCACAGUUCGACCGCCUCCCACGUUGCCACGCCUUUACAUCGAGUUGGAGCCGCGCCCACUGGCACCAGCAGACACGCAGCUCACAGACUACGCUUCCGAACCAAUUGGCCUGCUCGCUGACUUUCAUGUCGCGUGGAGAUUAGCGGGCGGCUUCCUUCUCGAAGAGCUAGAGGAGAGGGCGACGUUGUUCUCGCCACCGAGCGCGCCGCCACCUAGUGAACCGCCGCCGUUGACGCUGCCGCAGCUGAGUGUGCCACCGCCGCCUCCCUCCCCUCUUCUGCCCCCUUCGCCCUUCAAUUGCUCCACUCCCCUGCCGUCGCCCAUCAAACGGGAGAGAAAGAGGCGGAUAGAUGUCGCUCAGGACUUAGAUCCCGGCGCGAAGUUGAUUAUAAGUGAAGAGAUUCUGACAGCGCUGCGCGGCGAAGACAGCGAGUUCAGUGUCCCCUCGCGUUGGAUCCAGCGUGUGGUAGAGCGGCGUAGCGGGCAGCUGUUGGCUACGCGGCUACGGAUACGAGCGAGCGCUCCGCCGCCCGUUUUCCGCGGCUGGGACAACGUCGCCGCCGACGUCGGAGGUUUCUGCGGCUGGCCCGAGGAAGCCGCACGCUCGGCGCUCAAUACGACGCUCGGUGAAUUGCGACGUGUACGCCUCCGAGUUCCCGACGAGAGCGACGACGACGGUUUCUUCGAGCAGAGUUCCUCUAGCGACGGCGAGCCUCGUCGCUCGCCGGAUCCCUCGGCGUCUGACUGGCAGAAAUGGCGGGAAGGCGUCCUAGCGCGCACGACGUCGCAUUCGCCGGACGUCCGACGGACGGCUGCGCUGCUCCUACGCUCGGCGCCGGCUGUCCCCGCGCCCCCCGCUCCCUUCUCGACGCUGUUGCGACAUCACCAUAGUGCACACGCCACUAAGCCCGCACAGCUCGUGCUAGCUGCGCUAUUCCUGGCGAAUAGCGGAAACAUAGAAAUCAUCCAAGGCGAACCACUGUCUACUAAUGCAUUUUCGAUACGCGUAAUAUCCCAAGACGAGUCUUUGUACCAACCGGCGCUUGCGCGAGACGCCCCCAGCUGAGACACGACUUGAAUUUAUAUAAGCUUAAAUAUUUUUCUUGUACAAAAGCUUUAUCUCCAUUGAGAAAUCUUUUUAGGUGGAUUCUAUGCCUGGGGAAAGAACUAUUUUUGCUUAAAAGCAAAGCAUGCAAAAAUAUAAUGCCCAUGGCUAACAUAACUUAUGGCACUAUUUAAUAGUGAUAUGGAAAUUGUGAAGGCUUUGUGUUGGUAUGAGAGAUGAAGUUAUUACAAAAUCAUUAUUAUAUUAUACAUUUAAGUUACAUUUAGUUCCUGUUAAAAAUUAUAAAGAAUAAUUACUUUACUAUCGUGGAAUGUUUUUUUACAUUCUCAAUUGGUAUUAAGGAGCGUUCAUGUAUUACGUCACACAAUUUUUGGUGAUUCAACCCCCCCCCCCCCUAUUAAACGCGCUGUAACGUUUCUGUAUCCAAUAGUAAAACGUUUCCUGAACGACCACAGUGACU